GGGGAUACCGCGCCUGUCUGCCGGCUGCUUUCUAGACGCUCUCCGUUCACUGUGAACGCUUUUAUGUACAAAGUAAUUUUGCGUAAAAUUCUAUAUCAAUUAAGUUUAUAAAAUGUGUUUCCUAAAAAAACGUAGGAAAAUUAAAUAGACGAUAUAUCGUGCAAUCGGAUAUUUGUAAAUAUUUUUGUGAGUUUCCAAAGUUGGAUAUCAUGAUAACAACCAUGACGUCAUUGAUAUUGUUCAAGACGAACUCUUUUUUGGUGAGAAUGAAUAGAGAGGAUAAUGUAAACUGGUUUCAUGGGAAAAUAUCUCGGGAUACCGCAGAGAAGCUUUUGAAAGAAGAGGGCGAAGAUGGUGUUUUCUUAGUGCGUGAGAGUAAUUCCUCGCCCGGAGAUUUCGUGCUUUCAGUUUUACAUCAGGGAGAAGUAGUACACUAUCAAAUCAGAAGACAUGGCGAAGAUGCAUUUUUUUCUAUUGAAGAACAUACAACUGUACAUGGAUUGGAUACGCUUAUACAGCAUUAUCGUGGAGACUCCAACGGACUUGUCACAAGGCUAUCUAUUGUGUGCAAAGGGCAGCCACCACCACAUGAAUCUCGAACUCAGGGUACCACUAAUCUCUUACACAGAGCAACAGAAGCAGGGGACUAUAACAUCGUCUCCCAGUUGCUGGCGUGCGGUUACCGCAGUCGCGACGCUAAGAACCAAGACGGACAAACGGCAGUACACAUAGCUGCUAAAGCAGGCCGGGACAACAUAUUAGCUAAGUUGAUAGAGAGUGGUGCAACUGUUAACGUUCGAGAUUCGUUUGGGUACACGCCUUUGCAUUACACUUGCCAAAACAACUUGCCCAGUACUACAGAACUGCUGAUAACGAAAGGAAAUGCAAACUAUCAAAUGAGACACGCGCCUACAGGCAAGGUUCCUCUUCAUGAUGCUGCACAGAGAGGACACAUUGAAUGCAUAAGGGUAUUGUUAAGAUUGAAAGCUCCAUCCCACCCGAGAACAUUAGCUCACGACACACCCGCUCAAUUGGCAAAACAUUAUGGUCAUACUGAAUGUUACCAGUUACUCAAAAAUUAUAAGCCAGAAGAAUCGAAUACUACAAAAAGCCAUUGGUAUCAUGGUACACUGAAUCGUGAUGAAGCAGUUAAAACACUAGAGGAGUACUGCAACCAACACAACUUGCAGGAUAAAGUGACAGACGGUGUGUUCCUCGUGCGAUACAGUGAGAGACACACCGGAGCAUAUGUGCUGACGAUGCUCAGUGAAAAUACGCCAUACAACUUCAUAAUUAGAAAAGAAAAUGAGUGGUUGUUUAUAGAUGAUGGGCCAUAUUUAGAGUCAUUAGAGAGAUUAAUAGAACAUUACAGCACUGUGCCUGAUGGUUUACCCACGAGACUAACUACCCCUGUGCCCCCCAAGCCUAAGCCUCCCUUGCCCGAGUUCUCAACAAUGCCAAGAACAAAAAAAUCUUCCCCGAAGCGAGCAAUUUUGAACCAGUCGCUAUCACUCGUAAAGCAUGAUAUUUUGAAAGACGAAUCGGCAAUCAACAAUAAUGCUUUUGAACUCCUCACAAGAAACUUGUCGUUCUCUUCUGAUUUCAACAACGACAGUAUAAAUAAUAAUGACGACAGUCAAACCGACAAUGACACAUACAAAGUGCCAGUCAAUAACAGUGCAGUCGUUUCUCUUGCUGAAAAUUACAAUGAAAUAUCGAUAAAUUCUGAAGGCCAGCUAUCCACACUGCAAGAGUUCAUCCCGUUCAGCGAGCUGACGCUGGGCGCCGUGCUGGGCGAGGGCGAGUUCGGCUCCGUGCUGCGCGCCGCGCACUGCGCGCCCGGCCGCGCGCCCACGCCCGUCGCCGUCAAGACGCUGCACGUGCAGCACACCGACACCAACAAGAGGGAGUUCCUGUCCGAGGCCAAGCUCAUGAUGUCGCUGCGCCACCCCUGCAUCGUGCGGAUCAUUGGCGUUUCGCUGGGGCCGCCGCUCGCGAUGGUGCAGGAGCUGGUCCCGCUGGGCUCGUUGCUGGAGCACCUGCUGCGCUCGCCGGAGCGGCCGUCGCCGGGGUACGAGCUGCGCCUGUGGGCGUGGCAGGUGGCGUCCGGCAUGUACUACCUCGAGCGGAACCGCUUCGUUCACCGCGACCUGGCCGCCAGGAACAUCCUUCUGGCCAGCAGGUGUCAAGCAAAAAUAAGCGACUUUGGUCUUUCUCGUGCCCUGUCAACCGACAGUUCAUAUUACAAAGCGAGCCAUGGAGGUAAAUGGCCUAUCAAGUGGUAUGCUCCCGAGUCGUAUAACUACGGCACCUUCAGUCAUAAGAGCGACGUCUGGAGUUAUGGCGUUACGCUAUGGGAAAUGUUCUCAUACGGCCAGCAACCAUAUGGUGAAAUGCGAGGAAUUGAGGCAAUACAAAUAGUAGAGAGUGGUCAACGUCUAGAACGACCAGAGGACUGCCCUGAUGAAAUUUAUCAAGUGAUGCUCGACUGUUGGGCUUACAGCCCUGACCUCAGGCCUACUUUCAGCAAACUCGUUGAUGUUUUCUCCCAGAAUCCCGACUAUGUUAACAUUGGUCAGAUUGCAGUUGAUAAUGAAGAAUUAGCGUAUAAAAAUAUAUGAAGGUAAUAUUUUCAUGAUACAUAUAACAUGACAUUUGAAACAUUAUAUAUUUUCUUUAAGAACUAUCUAUCGAUUGCCUAGUAAGCAGAGAUGAUUUUGAAACUGUUAAAUACAAUACAGAAAAUUCUGUGAUAAUUAGUUGCAUGAGUUAAUUUGAUUGUAACAAUUUGUAAAUAAAUUUGACAUGACUAUCAUCAAUUCCUAAAAAGAUGAGUAAAGUCAAUCUACUAAUUUCGAUAUAUUCGAUAUAUAGUAAUAAAUGUUCAAUGGUCGCAUAUUUCGUCAACGACUGACACUGACCAAUCAGAUUAAUCUCAAGUAACAUUGUUCAGCAUUUAAUAAAUUGGAAAUAAUGCUAUUAUUUUAACCAAAAAUGUGGCACACAUAUGGAUAUAUUUCAAGGCAUGCCAAAAUUAUAUAGAGAUUGUGUACAAUGGGCUAGGAAUCUCUGUAGAGAUAAAUAAUUUUUGAUGUCAUCAUGUGUAUAAACAGGUUUUUAAUAUUUGAAUCAUGACAUGUGGGUCUUAUUUACAAAUAUAUUUUUAGUGGGGAUUACUUGUUUUUAGAUGUAGAUAGUGCAACUACAAAUUCCAAGUCAAUUUAGUUCAUAUAAUAAUGAUUGGACUGUGUUUUAUUUUAUGAAUUAUAAUUUUAUACAAUAAAUUACUUGUAAAAUAAUUAAUAAUUAAUAAUAAAUUUUACAAAUUCUAUUGUAUUUGGAAUAAUUAUUACUUAUGUACAAAAUUAUCAGAUUAUUCUUGAAAAAAAAAAUGCCAUGAUGUGCCUGAUAAGAAGUAGAUUUAAAAUAUCCCUCAUAAUGUUAUUUUAUGUACAAAGUUAUAUAAGUUUUUCAGUGAUACAAGAUUAAUGUUUUAUAUUAAUAAGCUUACAAAACUCGAAUUAUU